GUAUAUCAGCGGUGACUGUUCAAUUUUGCGCCGAUCAACCUCGUCGAGCAAACAGCCUCUCAGCCAGGACAUGAAUGGAAUCUCUCUAAACCAGGUAUCGAUAAGUUCUUCGACAAACUCAACACCCACGUAGGAUGCUCGAAAGUCGUGGCGGCGCGUGAGAGCCAGCUGGAAGAGGCCCUCGACAUAGUCCACCAGCACGAAGCCCGCAUUGCGGCGGUGGAAGACAAGGUUGACAAAGGUGCGAGGGAGAUGGACGCCCUUCGUGCCUCAAUCAACAGUCCCAAACCCUCCUCCUCUCCCCUCCCAUCUUUCUCCCCCUCGCUCUCCUUCUUCCUCUCUGUCCCUCCCUCCCCCACCACUUCCGACGCCCUCCCGGCCACACAGUGGACCCCGUCUCCGCCGUCCGAGCAUAGCUCAAGGGUCCCCAGCGACCACCAAAAAAACUCAGAUGACGACAGCAUCUACGGCGCAGAGGACGACAAGUCCGAGCCGCGAGUCUCAUCAUCACCGGAUCAGGCGCCUGAGGUAUCCAGCUCUCAACUUGAACCGGCGCUGGAAGAUGAACUCGCUGAGUUGGGUGGUUGGGGUCUGGACGAAGAGGCAUCCAAGGAUGUCAGUGAUGGUAACACCACUGAUCAGGAUGCUGAAGGCGAGACAGACGAUGAGUACGAGGCACCAGAACCGCCUAUCCCAAGUGCUGGCAGUGAGGCCUUGACUGGACGAAGGCCAAUUAUACCACUGUCGAAGUGCAGGUCAAAGGGUGCCAGCACCUUGCGUCUGGUAUAGGUGGAAAGGUCUCCAAGCGACAAGAUACAUGUUCGACAAUCCGGG